AAUGGCAAUGGAAUGUUGGUGUAAGAACCCGACUUUAUGAUGUGUUUUCGUUAAAUUUCCAAGAUAAUUGUGGUGUUGUUGAAUGUAAUAUGUUUAGUAAACAUAAUUUAACAUAAUGUGCAUUGUGGGGCUCGAUGUGUGAGUGCUUUUCGGCCGGGUUUAUCAUGUUUCUUUUCCAAUUAUGAACCAUAUACUUUUAACAAUAGAUUGACGCUGGAGGAGACAUGUAAAUCGUUUUUUCAUCCGUCUCUGAAGAAGAGGAAGGCAUCACGAUGGUCUGGCAACCGAGCAGUGUCCUUGUCAACGGCCUGAUCCUGUUAACGUUCAGCCUACACAGUUUUGUCACGGCAACGAACCCCAGCAGCGCCAAGUUCUACACCAUCCACUGGAACUCUUCAAAUCCGAUUUUUCGCAUCGACAACACCGACAACGUGAUCGACGUGAACCGCUACAACCUGAAGUUUGAGUACGACCAGGUGAACCUCAUCUGCCCCGUGUACGUACCGGGAACCCGUGACGAAGAGAUGGAGAAGUACAUCAUUUACAACGUGUCGAAGGACGAGUACGACACGUGUCGCAUAACGAACCCCAAUCCGCGCAUCAUAGCCGUCUGUGACAAACCAUAUAAGUUAAUGUACUUCACCAUAACGUUCCGGCCGUUCACGCCGCAGCCAGGGGGGCUGGAGUUCCUUCCCGGCCACGACUACUACUUCAUUUCGACGUCGACCAGCGACGACCUGCACCGGCGAAUAGGCGGCCGGUGCACGACGCACAACAUGAAGAUCGUGUUCAAGGUGUGGGGCCCCGCGCAGACGUCGCCACCGCCCGCGCCCGUCACCGUCUCGCGGUGGUGGCCCGUCACGUCGCCACGCACCACCUCAACGAGCUCGACGACGACGACAACGAGCACGCCGCCGCCGGUCACGACGACGAAGAAGUCCAAGACGUACGGUGGCAAGCACCCCAACGAGGUCGGAAAGAGCGAGGAACUCACGCUCGGCGGCGGGGCCGCCGCUGGGCCAGUGCAGGUGCUUGUGGUGUGUGCGGUCGCGGUGCUUUUCGCGAUGCGAUGAAAUUUUUCACGGUACUAAGUAGUUAAGAUGAUUAAAUAAUAAAGAACGUUACGUGUCCCUUUGUGUGUAAUGUACUGUACUCACGAGUUAUUUUUAAAGAGAAAAAACGACCUAAAACUAUCCUAAUUUUAUAUAAAUAUUGGUAACUAUUAGGCGAUUCAGGUAAAUUAUUGUUCCCACUUCUCAUUUCGAUCGUCGGUUUUUAGAUGCAAACCAGUCCUCGGAUUUAUUAUUGUGUAUAUUUUAGUAACGAAACCGACGACUGAAACCUGACAAUAUAAUUUUUUAUUCGAUUAUUCAUUAUAUUUAAAUAUGAAUUGGUGGUGUACAGUUUUUUAUAUGUUGGUGUAGACACUGAAGAUAAUAAAAUAAGAAAAAUAAUUUAAUGCGCAAGCGCAUUGUGACCAAUUCAACGGACUAAACAAAAAAUGUGUAAAUGUUAUAUUUUUCGGUCAGUUGAUUAUUUCGUAGAUUAUAAACAGUGUUGAACAUUUCAAAUAACGGCGUAUUUGUAUAACUGUGAAGACUGAUAAUAGUUUUUAUUGUGUUAUAUAUAAAGUAUUAAUAUCCUUAAUAGUAUAUAAUCCUGGCGUUUUUAGUCGACACUUCACUCAUACUCCAUGUACUUAUUAAACGCGGUGACAGUUUUGUUUUGCAGUAAUGGUUGUGAUUGUUUACCCUUUUAUAGUGCCAGUUUACAAAUUAGACUAAUGCAGACUUUUACUUUAUUUAUUAAUUUAUUUAUUUUCUAUCUAUUUAUACAUCACGGUAGCUUUGUAGAUAGUAAAUUAUUUUGCCCUAAAAACUAAACAGGGUCUUGAAUUAAAACACUGUUUGGUUCCUUCUUAUUCUUCAGUAUGCGCGGUUAAAAUUACAUUUUGGAUAAGAUUUAUUAAUGUCAAUUAUCCUGAAGCGACGAUAUAUUGUGCAAUAUGAGCUUUCAAUAAUACUCAUCAAGUCUCUCUAUUACAUUGUCCAUUUUUCUGAUCUUGCCAUUUGAAAGUAGUAACCAGUUUUUAAGGCUUUAAUCGAACAAUACUCCAUCGCACUAAAAACGCCAGAUGGAACAUGAUUUGUGUCUAGAAAAGUAGUUUUACGAUAUUGUAAUCAGAUGUACUUUUAAUUGCAAGCCAUAGUGAUAAAUAUUUAACUUAUGAAGAACGAAAAUGAAUCUAUAGCAAUGAUACCAACUGAUCCUUAGUUAAUUUAAGUUUUUAACAUAUUUAUUGGGUGAUGUUUAGUAAUUUCUGCAAACACAUAAACAUAUAACUGUCGGUUUUUAACGACUCCAUAUUUUUCCUUAAAACUAUUUUAUUGAAAUGCUCUGUAUAUAUUUGUAAUUGGUUUUAACAAACGAAACUUGUGUUACAUUUUAAUAGGUAAACACACUGUAUGUAUUACGAUUGUAAAAUGCACUCACUAUAUAUACAUAAUUAUAUAAAUAUACAUACAUGCCAUUUU